CUCAAAAGUCUUUAACCGGCCAUGUUCACAUAUCUUUGGUGGCUUCUUUUGGGCACUUUUUUAUAUUUGACACAAAUAGUUUUUACAUUUCACUAUGAUCCAGAUUUUGUCGCUUAUAACCUCAACACAAACCGUACGGCCCACUCGCCAAUCAAUUUUUGGGGUGAACGGAAAGGUCAUAAAUACACACCUUCACCGACAAAUUGGCGAUUUCCGUUUUAUACCCUUUUGAUGGAUAGAUUUGUAGAUGGAGAUCCAUUUAAUAACGAUAUAAACGGUACACAUUUUGAAAGAGAUACACGUUCAACGCAAUUUAGACAUGGUGGUGACGUUCAAGGUCUAAUUGAUACGUUGGAUUAUUUAGAAGGUAUGGGAAUAAAAGGCUUAUAUAUUGCAGGUUCAAUUUUCCAAAAUUUACCUUGGACUUAUGAUAGUUAUUCGCCCGUCGAUUUAACACUUUUGGAUCCUCAUUUUGGCACUCUUGCCCUAUGGCAAACGGCAAUCGAUGAAAUACAUAAACGGGGAAUGUAUGUGAUUCUCGAUAACACUUUUGCCACACUAGGAGAUUUACUAGGCGCAGAAGGAUAUUUAAACGUUAGCGUACCUUUCUCUCCAAAAGAACAUACAGCCAUUUAUAAAACAGAUCGUGUUUAUCAUGAUUUCAUCUUUGACAAUUCCUGGAACGAAGAUUGUCAAUAUCCUCGUUUUUGGAACGAGACUGGUUUUCCAGUCGAUGAAGAAGUUGUUAACUCUUUUAAAGGCUGCAGAAAUAGCGAUUUCGAUCAAUAUGGAGAUACAGAAGCAUUUGGAAUUUAUCCGGAUUAUAGGCGUCAGUUAACAAAAUUCGCUAGUGUACAAGAUCGUGUACGAGAAUGGAAACCGAGCGUACGUGCAAAAUUAGAAAAUUUCUUUUGCAUUGUUAUUGCUCAAUUGGAUAUAGAUGGUUAUCGUUAUGAUAAAGCAAUGCAAGCAACAGUAGAUGCUUUAGGAGAAAUGAACAAAGGGAUGCGUAAAUGUGCUGCUCGUCAUGGAAAAAAGAAUUUUUUCUUGCCGGGAGAAAUCACUGGUGGAAAUAAUUUAGCUUCAAUUUAUUUAGGACGUGGAAGACAGCCUGAUAUGCUUCCACCAAAUUUAAAUGUUGCAAUUCAAGCAGGACAUUCAACCCAAUCUUAUAGCAUUCGUAAUGCUGAUCAAGCUGGAAAUGAUGCAGCUGCAUUUCAUUAUACAGUUUAUCGUACCCUUACCCGACAUUUACUUAUGGACGGUAAUUUGGAAGCAGGUUAUGAUGCUCCAGCGAAUUUUGUUGAUAUGUGGAACACUUUUUUACUCACAAAUGACUUUACAAAUCCAAACACCGGAGAAUUUGAUCCUAGGCACAUGUACGGUACAAUGAAUCAAGAUGUUUUUCGUUGGCCGGCAAUCAAAGAUGGUAUACGUAAGCAAUUACUUGGAAAUUUUAUAACGACACUCUUACUUCCCGGUAUACCGCUUUUAUUAUGGGGAGAGGAGCAAUCUUUUUAUACUCUUGAUAAUACAGCCAGCAAUUACAUUUUUGGACGUCAACCAAUGUCAGCAGCAGGCGCUUGGCAAACUCACGGUUGUUAUUCUCUUGAUUCUACGCAGUAUUAUCAAUUCCCUGUUGAAUCAGCAAGAAAUGGUUGUAAGGAUGAAAAGGUUUCAUAUGAUCAUCGAGAUGUUUCUUCUCCGAUAAGAAAUAUUUUCAAACAUUUUUACUUUUUACGUUCUCAAUUCACCGUUUUACAAGAUGGAGCAUGGCUUCAACAAUUAUCUAAUCAGACUUGGCAAAGCAUUUUGCCUGGAUCAAGCGGCGUUCCUACAGAGCAAGGUUUAUGGUCAGUGAUGCGUUCAGACAUUCCUGGUGUGAAUCUUUUAAAUGGUACAACAAAUAGCCUUACAUCUGUUUGGUUAUUAUGGACAAAUAUCGAAUCCACAAAAAGCUUCUAUUUCAAUUGCUCCGAUACGAGAAUAUCUCCUCAAACUCAAGCACUUUUGAGCCCUUUCCCAGCUUCAACACGAUUGCGUAAUUUGUUGCACCCUUAUGAAAUCGUUGAUUUACAAGAAUCAGAACAAGUUCUUGGAACGUUUAAUUCCACACUAAACCGUACAAACGGAUGUUUACCCUUUUUAGAGAUGCACUCUUUUGAUUUUAAGGCAUUCGUUCCGAUCGAAGAAUGGGAAAUGCCUCCUGCAACCGUUACAGGAUUUUAUCUAAAUGGAGAUCAAAGAAAUGGUCAUGAUUCAAGAAUUCUUGCAAAAGAAGAAAAUCCACAAAUCGGCGAAACUAUUUCAGUGACAAUUUUGUUCUCUCGUUUUAUAGAUUGUGGUUCUGUUACAAAAAGACUACAGUUUACCUCUUCAACUGUUUCUGGAAGGUUACCAAAACUUAUUAAAAAUACUGUUCAAUGUCAAGCUCAAAUGAUCCCUACAACUUCUCAACAUUUGCAAAAUGCUGCGCCUACAGAAUGGUCUUGGUCAGGUCAAUUAAGUGGAGUAGAACAUGGUAUCCAUCGAAUCUCAAUCAAUGCAACAGGCUCAAUUGAUAAAUUCACUUUUCGUAUUGGAACAAAGAAUAAUCCAGUAAUUUUUCCUCGUAUUGCAAAUUAUUCUACUUCUUUGGUACGAAGCGAAACUUUGGUAUCUGGGAAUAAAGUUAUCACCUUAGCGCAUAACGCAGAUGGUGCUGAUCUUUGGAGGUAUACAUCUAAUUGGGGUUCUUCCUAUAGCGAUUGGAUGCCUUAUAGUGGUGGAGAUACGAAUAUCACCCUUCUCGAUUGGAAUGGCACGAAAGAACAAGCAUGGAAAGGUACUCAUAUCCGUGUAGAGUAUUACAAUCGUAUAGUUGGAUCAAGUGAUAUGAUACAAGAAGGUGAUCUAGAAAAAGAAGUGGGAAUGAAGCGCUUUCCUCAUUUAUACUGGAACGGACCGUAUAACGACUAUGGUUUUGAUGCAUCGAUAAACAAUGAAGUUCAAUAUCGAUCAGAAGAUAAGGUUUGGUAUUACAAAUUCAUGAAUGAAUGGCCUGCUAUAGGUCAAUUCAACGUUUGGGGUACGAAUCCUGAUGGUUUACCCGAUCAAACAUAUGUUAUGGGAGAUAUUGAUGGUGAUAUGGUCCUUGAUAGACUUCCUCCUUCUUCAUUAAGCUCAAUUUAUAUCAAUAUAACUCAAAGUCCAGAUAUGAUGCAUCCAGCAUGGGCAUUACACAUCGACGAUGCAACGAUGAAAUUUUAUUUACAGCCUACCGGUUCAAGUCUGAUUCAAAUGAUCAUCUUUUCUUUAUUUUCUUUGAUCCCUUUCAUUUCGGCAUUUUUAGCAGUUUUAGCUUUUAUUAAAAGCUUUUACAAAGUCAAAUUCAAUCAAUUAGGUUCAACUUUACAAGAAAAAGUUUCUACUCCACCUGCUCUACAACGGAUAUAUAACUGUCUUCAACCAAGUAAACGCAUCAUACUUUCCGACUCUGGUUUUUCUAGCCGUAGCAGAAGUGGAUCUCUGAAUAAAGAUAAAGAAAGUUACGACCAAAGUGAACAACAACGGAAAAGAACGACUUUAAUUGCUACAAUCGAGUAUGAUAUAGAAGAUUGGAAUAUCAAAGUAAAAAUUGGAGGAAUGGGUGUAAUGGCACAAUUAAUGGGAAAAGCUCUUGGUCAUCAAAAUCUGAUUUGGGUUGUACCUUGCAUUGGUGAUGUUCAUUUUCCAAUCGAUACUCCUGCCGAACCAAUGCGUGUCACAAUUCUUGGAGUUGAUUAUAGCAUUCAAGUUCAAUAUCAUUUCUUGAACAAUGUUACGUAUGUGCUAUUGGAUGCUCCUAUUUUUCGACAACAAACAAAAGCAGAACCUUAUCCAACACGAAUGGAUGAUAUCAAUUCAGCAAUUUAUUAUUCGGCUUGGAAUCAAUGUAUAGCACAUACAGCUCGUCGAUUUCCUAUUGAUCUUUAUCAUAUCAAUGAUUAUCACGGUUGCCUUGCACCUCUUUAUCUUUUACCACAAACGAUUCCUUGUUGUUUCUCUUUACACAACGCCGAGUUUCAGGGUUUAUGGCCGAUGAGAACAACAGCAGAAUGCGAAGAAGUUUGCAGGGUAUUCAAUUUAACAAUCGAAAUUGUACGUAAAUACGUUCAAUUUGGUGAAAUUUUUAAUUUACUUCAUGCAGGAGCAAGUUAUUUACGUAUCCAUCAACGCGGUUUUGGCGCAGUCGGAGUAUCAAAGAAAUAUGGUAGCAGAGUUCAUUUACGCUAUCCAAUCUUUUGGGGUUUACAAAAAGUUGGACAUUUACCUAAUCCAGAUCCAACGGAUGUUGGUGAAUGGAAAGGAAGUACGUCUUUACAAGAGCCAAUUUGUAUCCAAGAAGAAUUUGAAAAUAAACGACCUCUUUUGCGCGAAGAAGCACAACGAUGGGCAGGUUUAGAAGUUGAUUCAAAUGCGGAAUUAUUCGUUUUUGUUGGUAGAUGGUCAGUACAAAAAGGUGUUGAUCUUAUUGCCGAUGUUUUUCCAAAGAUCCUAAAACAACAUUCAAACGUUCAAUUGAUUUGCGUUGGACCAAUCAUUGAUUUAUACGGACGUUUUGCUGCACUUAAACUUGAUCAUCUUAUGAAACAAUAUCCAAAAAGAGUAUGUUCAAAACCCGUUUUUACAGCUUUACCUCCUUGCGUUUUUGCCGGAGCUGAAUUCGCUUUAAUUCCUUCUCGUGAUGAACCUUUUGGUUUGGUGGCUGUAGAAUUUGGACGAAAAGGAGCUCUUGGCGUUGGUGCGCGUGUUGGUGGUUUAGGAAAUAUGCCUGGUUGGUGGUAUACGGUUGAAGCAAUGUCAACUUCUCAUCUUUUACGACAAUUUCAACAAGCAAUAGAAGAAGCGCUUUCUUGUAAGAAACAUAUUCGUGCUCUUAUGCGUGCUAGAGCUGCUAAACAACGUUUCCCUGUUGCACAAUGGUUGGAAGAUUUAGAAAUAUUACAAUCAAACUCUAUUCGUAUUCAUGAAAAAUGUGGCGGCAAGCUCUUAAACCAAAUUCAAGAUUCUCAAAAUCAAAUUCAAUAUCCAAUCACAAGUUCAAAUGUGGUUGAAGAUAGUUACAAUAAUAAUGAUCUUGAAUCUAAUUUACCUAUCCCUUCUCGACUUUUCGUUUCGAAUAUCAAGCGAAAACCUCCACCGGCUGUGCCAUCGAUUUUCUCACCUUUACGGCUUCAAAAUGAAAGAGAUAUAGAGUGUUCUAGUCAAAUUAGUGACGAAGAUUUCUUUGAAGCAUUAGAGGAGGAGGAGAGUAAUAAUGAUCGAUUUGAUUACGAGACCCAAGAUAGAAAACCUGCUAUCGAAACAAAGCUUGUCAGGGAAACACUUUUUGGUGCUUCAUCUUCAACGGACAUUUUACCAGCAGGAAUCACUGAUGGUUCACUCGAAUCUUCACGAUUAGAUUCCUCCAAUUCUUUGAUCAAAUACACUGACGAUACCGAAACUCCAGCGAUCGAAGAAGAAAUUGCAUUUUUACCUCAAUUAACAUCUUAUAGAUCUUCUGCAAACUUACUCGACGCAAACGCUGUUUUAGGUGAUUCAGCACGUAGAAACGCAUACUUACUGCAAAACGUCGACGCUCAAUUCACCGAUCCAGACGAUUUAUAUUUCUCAAGAUUUAGUCGUAAGUUGGAUCAAGCUUCUUCUUCGCCCGCCAUAAAAGCUUCGAGUACAUGCAUCGAAGAGUUCUUGAUCGAUUCUGAACGUGAAUGGUUUGCUGAAACGCUUAAGGCGAAGUUGAAUUUAGGUGCUAUAGGUAGACCUUUUUCCUCUCUCAGUACAGAGAAAAGUUUCUCGAGAAGAAAUAGUGAUUGUGAACGAACAGGUCGAUGGUCUAGACAAGAUGAUCGAUCUGAGUCUACGCAAGUAUCAGAACGAAAAACAGGACGUUUUCAAGGGAUAUUAUUUAAAUACGUUCAAAUGAGGGUUGGUGAUUGGCCAGUGUAUUCUCUAAUUCUAGCUUUAGGACAAAUAAUGGCUGCAAAUUCUUAUCAAAUCACACUUUUAGCAGGUCAAAUUGGUCAAAAAGCCGAACAACUUUAUGUUCUUUGUUCAAUUUAUAUUCUUUCGACUAUGAUUUAUUGGUUAUUAUUCCGAAAGAUUCAACUCAAUAUUCUUUUAUCCAUUCCCUUUAUUCUUUACAGUUUUGCAUUCCUUUCAAUUGGUUUAGCACAUUAUGGAAUUUCUAUUGAAGAACGUGGAUGGAUUCAGAGCAUAGCUACAGGUCUUUAUGCUGCUGCUUCUGCUUCCGGAUCACUUUAUUUCUCUCUCAAUUUUGGUGAUGAAGGUGGUUCUCCUGUUCGAAGAUGGAUCUUUCGCGCUUGUCUACUUCAAGGUUUACAACAAAUUUAUAUAUGCGCUCUUUGGUAUUGGGGCUCAAAUUUGGUGAAGAAUUAUACGAUUCAUCCAAAUUCAGAUCUUCAAGUUCAAUCCGUCACAUAUUUUUGCAUACCAAUUUGUGUUUCACUUUGGGUGUUUGCAUUUUUGAUCUUUUAUGGCCUUUCAGAUUAUUACCGUCGGAAGCCUGGUUCAAUUCCUUCGUUUUACAAAACUGUCAUUCGUCGUAAAGUGAUUAUGUGGUUUUUCUUGAUGGUAAUCGUCCAAAACUUCUUCCUUUCCACUCAAACAGGUCGUAAUUGGUCAUUUUUAUGGUCUAGCAAACAUACGCCUUCAUGGCAAAUAGCAUUAUUAGCAAUUUUCUUUUUCAUCUUUCUUUGGAUUGCAAUCAUGUCUGGAUUUUCAAUUUUGAGCAAAAGUCAUUCUUGGCUUUUGCCAAUCAUAGCAGCAGGAUUAGGAGCACCACGUUGGGCACAAAUUUGGUGGGCUGUCUCUGGAAUGGCACUUUGGCUUCCUUGGACUGGAAGUUAUAUAGCAUCAGGUUUGGUAGCAAGAAGUUUAUGGCUUUGGCUAGGUCUUUUAGAUACCGUUCAAUCUGUUGGCGUUGGAAUGGCACUUUUAGCAACAAUGACACGCUUUCACGUCACUUUCACCCUUAUGACUGCACAAAUUCUUGGAGCUUUAAUGACAGUAAUUGCUCGUGCUUGUGCUCCAGACGCUUUACAAUCCGGUUCAGUUUUCCCAAAUUUAGUCUUAGAAGGUUUUUCAGGCAUACAAAAUGCUUGGUUUUGGAUCGCUCUUGUUUUAAAUACUACUGUUUGUAGCGGAUUCUUUUUGUUUUAUAGAAGGGAACAAUUAAGCAAGCCUUGA